AUGGCGAGUGGAAAGGCCGCCAAAAUUGGCAACAGCAUCGCCAAGGGCCUUGGUAUCAAAGUCGCCUAUAGAGAUCCCCUUGGCUCCACGGACCCGGUCACUCGCGGCGAGUCCGCCUUCUCUGUCGGCACCGUCGACACUUACUCUUAUAAUGAACCUGAGCCGACCAGCAUCGAAUGGAUCCGCGAGAUCACUCCGUCCGGUCGUCAACUCGUCGACUACCUCAUCAGUCUGUUCCCUUUCCUGAACUGGAUUGGGCGGUACAAUAUGCAAUGGCUCUUCGGUGAUAUGGUUGCCGGUAUCACCGUCGGUGCCGUCGUCGUACCUCAGGGUAUGGCCUACGCCAAGUUGGCCGAGCUGCCCGUACAGUAUGGUCUGUAUUCGUCCUUUAUGGGUGUUUUGGUCUAUUGGUUCUUUGCAACAUCCAAGGACAUUACCAUCGGACCCGUGGCCGUCAUGUCUACGCUGACCGGCACAAUUGUCCUCCAGGUCCAGGAGCAGUACCCCGAAGUCCCCGGUCAUGUCAUUGCGUCCUGCCUCGCUGUCAUUCUAGGUGGUAUUGUCACCGCCAUGGGCCUGCUCAGACUCGGUUUCAUCGUCGAUUUCAUUCCUCUUCCCGCCAUUUCCGCCUUCAUGACCGGCUCUGCGCUCAGCAUUUGUUCCGGCCAGGUCUCUACCAUGCUGGGUGAGACUGCCAAAUUCUCCACCCGUGGUGCGACUUACAUGGUGAUCAUCAAUACCUUGAAGUACUUACCCAGCUCGACCAUUGAUGCCGCCAUGGGUGUCACGGCCUGUGCGAUGUUGUAUAUCAUCCGUUUUGGAUGCACCUACGCCGCGAAGAAGCAACCGCAGCGCGCUAAGAUCUGGUUUUUCGCAUCGACUCUGCGAACUGUCUUUGUCAUACUCUUCUACACCAUGAUCAGUGCCGCCGUGAACCUACACCGCAAGGACAAUCCGAUGUUUUCUCUGCUUGGAACCGUGCCGCGUGGUUUCCAGGAGGCCGCUGUGCCGACCAUGGACCCCAAGAUCAUCAAAGCUUUCCUCAGCCAGCUCCCAGCUGCCGUCAUUGUUCUUCUAAUUGAGCACAUUGCUAUUGCCAAGUCGUUCGGCCGGGUGAACAACUACACUAUCGAUCCCUCCCAGGAAUUUGUCGGUAUCGGUGUUACCAAUCUGCUUGGUCCCUUCCUGGGUGCCUAUCCCGCGACCGGAUCCUUCUCUCGUACUGCCAUCAAGUCCAAGGCUGGUGUGCGGACACCUCUGGGUGGUUGCAUCACCGCUGUCGUGGUGCUGUUGGCCAUCUAUGCCCUGCCCGCCCUGUUCUUCUAUAUUCCCAAGGCCUCUCUCUCCGGUGUUAUUAUCCACGCCGUGGGUGAUCUGAUUACCCACCCCAAUACCGUUUACCAGUUCUGGCGCGUCUCUCCUUUCGAUGCCCUGAUCUUUUUCAUUGGUGUCAUUGUGACCGUCUUCUCCUCAAUUGAGGACGGUAUCUACUGCACGAUCUGUGUGUCCGUGGCCGUCCUCCUCUUCCGUGUGGCCAAGGCCCGCGGUCAGUUCCUUGGACGUGUGACCAUCCACUCGGUCGUUGGAGACCACCUUUUGGACAGCGAUGGAAAGUACGGUUCUCUCGGAAAUCACAAGGAUCCUGCUCAGCACGACGAUCAUGCUCAUCGGUCCAUAUUCUUGCCUAUCAACCACACCGAUGGCUCCAACCCCGACAUUGAGGUUGAGCAGCCCCUUCCUGGAAUCUUCAUCUACCGAUUCUCCGAGGGCUUCAACUAUCCCAACGCCAACCAUUACACUGAUAAUUUGGUUCAAACAAUCUUCCGCGCCACUCGCCGCACCAAUCCCCACGCCUUCAAGAGACGUGGUGAUCGUCCUUGGAACGACGCUGGUAGCAAGACUGAAGACGAGACCGUGGACACCCGUCCACUCCUUCAAGCCGUUAUUCUCGAUUUCUCCUCCGUCAACAACGUGGACGUGACUUCGAUUCAAAACCUGAUCGAUGUGCGGAACCAGCUGGACUUGUACGCUUCGCCUCGAACAGUGCAGUGGCACUUCGCCCAUAUCAACAAUCGCUGGACAAAGCGUGGUCUCGCCGCCGCUGGAUUUGGAUACCCCACACCUACCUCUAAUGACGGUUUCCACCGCUGGAAGCCCAUCUUCAGCGUGGCUGAGAUCGAGGGCAGCUCGUCCGCUGCCGCCCUGGCCGAGAUGGUCAACAACCAGCGCGAGCAUAGCCUGCACCACAAUGAUCAACACGAAGACGUGGAGACCGGCCUGAAGAAUGGAUCCACUGCCACCGCCCGCGAGUCACAUCGCGUCGAGACCACCUCGUCCGACUCCAGCGACUCUAUCCACGAGGACAAGCUUUCCCGCGACCUGACAGACAGCAAAGCAUACCGCAGCCGACGCAAGGUGGCACUCGUGCAGGGCAUGAAUCGACCCUUCUUCCACAUCGAUCUGACGAGCGCUCUGCAAAGUGCAGUCGCCAACUCGUCAGACGAGAUCCCACAUAUGUGA